AUGAAAGACAGCGGCGGUUUGACAGCGUUCGGGAAGGCAGUAGUCCAGGAAAUGAAUAGGCUCGGAAUGCUGAUAGACCUUAGUCACACAGCGAGGGCCACCAUGAGGGACGCUUUAAGGGCCAGCCGGGCACCCCUCAUUUUUUCUCACUCGUCGGCCUUUGCCAUUUGCAAUUCCUCGCGAAACGUCCCCGACGACAUUCUAAAGCAGCUGGCUGCUAACCGUGGACUGGUGAUGGUGACGUUUUAUAAUUACUUCGUGAAGUGCGGCUCGCAGGCAACCGUCUCCGAUGUCGCCGAGCAUAUUUACUACAUUAGGAACUUGAUCGGCGUGGACCACAUCGGUGUUGGCGGUGACUUCGAUGGUAUCAACAAAACACCGCGUGGUCUGGAGGAUGUCUCCAAGUAUCCAGAAUUGUUCGCUGAACUCCUUCGAAGUGGGAAAUGGAACGUGCACGACUUAAAAAAGGUCGCCGGUCUCAAUUUGCUGAGAGUACUUCGACAGGUGGAACGGGUGAGGGACGACAUGAGAACCGAAGGAAUAACGCCAUCCGAAAUAUACCUUCAGGAUUCCCCUGACACGACCGGCAGCUGUGCACUCGAUAUCAACUCCGUGCAGCGAGUCAUGGAAGUGUGA